CACUUUCCCGGCCCCACGUCGAUGAGUGCCACUGCGUGCCCUCUCGUCAUCUUCCCGGCGUCGAGCCGUCGUCGAUCUCGCGCUCGCGGCCAUGUUUGUGUGCGCCGGCGCGCCGCCCUCCCGCGCGGGCGCUGCAGCGAUGCCGAAGAGUGAGAAGCUGGCGGCUAGUAGGGAGCGAUGCGCUGAUGCAACGGACGAGAGGGAGAUGGAUGGACGGUGAAGAAGGCCGCAAGAGAAUGGAGGAGGGUAAGGGGCGGGAGAGCCCGCUUCGGCCUUGUCUCCAGGUUCGCCUUCGAUUUUCCUGACAAGUGUGAUUUCAACAGCUACCUUACGCCAUUGUUUUUCAUGAAGGGGUUGUUCGGUUUAGAGGGGAUUGAAAGGGUUUGGAGGGGGUUGGGAGGGAUUAAAUCCCCGACAAGUCAGUCCCCCUCAAUUCUCUCCAAUCCCUCCUAAUGCUCUUGUGGAGGGGAUUAACCGAACAAGCCCGAAGGGAGCUCGCCUAAUUUAAGCCAUUGUUAAUUUGUUAUCUUGCCGGCUUUUACUGGAAGUCAGAAAUACUCGCCUCUAAGUCCCUAAAAAAAGUCUCGAGCAACUCCAGCAAUAGUCACUAAAUCAGAUCCUCUAAAUGCUAAAUGGGGGCUGCCUUUUAGUUUUAGACGCUUCCAAAUUUGCUUCAACUUCAGUGAUCCCUCAAUUCUAAUUUAUAAUGGAGGGCUCCUAGAGAUCCCUAGAAACGAGGGUGGAGUAGGGGAUUUGAAGGCCUCCCAGGGUCAAGUAGAGACUGCUGGAGUGCAUCUGUUUUAACCCUCUAAACAACCCCCUAUCUCAAGUUUAGAGGGUUUGCUGGAGUUGCUCUUAGAAAAGCACUCAUCGUUAGUUCCCUCGGAAUAAAAAGACCCUAAAAAAGAGAAAGAUGCACUCAACUUUGUUUCUCUCCUUUUGCAUUUGGAAAGAAGUAUUCACGUAUCUUGGUUUCACAUCCAUUGAAACUGGAUUCAGGGUCCACAUACCACAGUCGGUUGCUGCUGAGAAUUAUGCUAAGAAAAAGCAAAGUUUGACUACAUGUGUUGAAGGACGGUAGUUGUCCGCGUGUGAUUUACUACAGUAUUAUAGUAGACUCUAGCCAAUUAUUUGAAAUUUGAAAGGAACAUAUCGAGAUUGGCAAUUAGUAAGUGGACAGGCCAUUUCCUCCAACACAUCCAAUGAGCUAGUUUGUGUAAUAUGAUCAAACUCUAUACUUGGUUGCUAUGGGUCCAUAUCUGUCUGGUAUUGGUAUGCAAUGCUCCUUCUGGCCCAUCUUGGAAAAAGACCCAGGGGGAGCAGGAUCCAAAAUAUGUGGUCACCAUUCACCACUCACCAUUAUUGGCUAGCCAUAUUUGUUACUCCCACACACUUGUUUGGUAAGGCCAACUUAUAUCAAAUAAAAAAUCGGACUAAUUAGUCUGAUGAUUAAUAUCAGCGCACUUGGAAGCUCCACCAUAUUGUAUAGAAUCUUGAUACUCGAAUCUUGCUUAAAGAAAGUCAUGCACUCAUGUGGUAUAUAGGCUGGGUACAGCUGGGCUGGCUUAUAAAUGUGUAAUAACUGAGAUUCAGCAUGUUAGGUAUCGUGCUGUGCACAAAAUAUAGGCAUGCUACAAGAUAAGCCUUCUGUCUUGAGUACUAUAGCAGAACUUAUGUCACCAUUCACCCUAUUUAUAUUUUAUUUGCUGAAACAUUAUGGUGGUUGAAGAACUUCAAAGUCAAAUGAAGUUAUCCUUAUGUCUCCAUGUACUGCCUUUAAUUUUUUGGUUGGCAAAGAGCAAGUGAUUUUCUUCUAAUCCUCUGAACAGGAAGUGAGCAUUGGAUAUGCAAAUCUGGCAAAACUUGAUCCUCAGUACGGUCUUUGUAAGUAAAAUUGCAUUUUGCUUUUGUUUCUCUUUUGAUGUUCCUCUGACCUACCCCAACUUACUUCAGACUAAAAGGAUUUGUUGUUGUUGUUGUUAUUUCUCUUUUGAUACAAGGAAUGGUGUAAACCCUCCCCAACACACCCACACAGAACUAGAUUAUGGCAGCACCGAAUACAAAAAGUGGCACCCUGCGAACUUCUUCAUUGGAUGUUCCUUUUUCCUUUUCAUUCUUGGCAUGAGAUUCAUAGGUCGGAAGAAUAAGAAGCUCUUCUGGGUCUCAGCGAUUGCACCUGUGCUCUCAGUUGCAUUAUCUACUCUGAUGGUUUAUAUCACAAGAGCUGAUAACCAUGGUGUGAAAAUCAUACAAAAAGUGGAUGCAGGCAUCAAUUCGAGUUCAGUCAAGCAGAUAAAUCUGAGUGGACCCUAUGUUACAGAGUGUGCGAAGAUAACUCUUAUUUGUGCUGUUAUUGCUCUAACGGAAGCUAUCGCUGUUGGUCGCUCCUUUUCAGUCAUAAACAGAUAUAAAUUGGACGGCAAUAAGGAAAUGGUUGCAAUGGGUUUCAUGAAUGUAGCAGGAUCCUUAUCAUCUUGCUAUGUGGCAACAGGGUCUUUCUCCCGCACAGCUGUGAACUUCACUGCUGGCUGUAAGACAGUAGUGUCAAAUGUUGUCAUGGCUGCUACUGUGAUGGUUGCCUUGGAGCUGCUCAUGAAGCUCCUGUUCUAUACGCCAGUGUCCAUACUUGCAUCGAUCAUUCUGUCUGCACUUCCUGGGCUGAUCAAUGUGCAGGAAGUCUGCAUCCUUUGGGAAGUCGACAAGAUGGGCUUCCUCACGUGCAUGGGGUCAUUCCUUGGUGUCCUAUUUGGAUCAGUGGAGAUUGGGCUUUCAGUUGCAAUUGGUGUCUCCUUUGCGAAGGUUAUUGUACAUUCAAUCCGGCCUCAGGUCCAGAUCCUCGGUAGGCUUCAGGGGACAGACAUAUUCUGCAACAUCAAACAGUAUCCAAUGGUUUGUCAAACACCAGCUGUUCUGACUACUCGCAUCGACACCUCAUUCCUCUGCUUCAUAAACGCCAGUUUCAUCAGAGAAAGGAUUGCAGGAUGGGUAACCGAAAAGCUUGAGGAAAUCCGCACCGUUGUUCUUGACAUGUCAAAUGUGGUGAACAUUGACACAGCAGGUCUUGCAGCGUUGGAAGAACUGCACGAGGAGCUGGUGUCUCGUGGCAUACAGAUGGCUAUAGCCAGCCCUGGAUGGCAGGGGAUCCACAAGAUGAAAGUAGCACGGCUCGUCGAUGGAAUCGGAGAAAACUGGAUCUUCCUCACGGUUGGUGAAGCAGUGGAAGCGUGCCUAGCCAUAAGAAGGGCGGGGACCUGGAAUGCUGAAUUCGCGAUCACUGUUGCCAUUGCUGAAUAAACAUAUGGGUGUGGUAUCCUAUAUUUCUAUCUACUCUGUCCACGGCAGUGGAUUUCGCUAGUGUGUAAGCUGAUGCAGCUCUUGAAGUAUUCCACGGGUUGUGCGACACGCUUCUGUCAGAGGAGCUCUUUGAACGCACAGAAGGGUGGCGUAUGCAUAGUAGAAUAAGGAAUACGUGUGAAGUGACGUGUCCCAAGGGUCACGCCCGACCCUUGAUGCUUGUGAUUGUAUUUCUUAUGAAUGGAUUGGAAUUGUGCCAAUAAAAGCUUGUGUUUGCUGCUAA